ACCGCUGCCAGGAAAUGCGCCCGUGUUUGAAAAUGGCAAAUGUUCCUAGUGAUGCACCAGAGCACUGUCCAGGCACAGGCAGUGACCAGGCUGGCAAAUCAUCUGCCUGUCAGGGAUGUCCAAACCAGAAUAUAUGUUCAUCCGGUGCUGCCAAAGCCCCUGAUCCUGCUAUAGAGGAAAUCAGACAGAAGAUGACCUCCGUGAAGCACAAGAUUCUAGUUCUGUCUGGGAAAGGGGGUGUUGGAAAGAGUACUUUUAGUGCUCAUUUAUCACAUGCAUUAGCUAGUGAUGACUCCAAAGAGGUAGCACUGCUAGAUGUGGACAUCUGUGGUCCAUCAAUACUGAAAAUAAUGGGGUUGGAGGGAGAGCUGGUUCAUCAGAGUGGCUCUGGUUGGUCCCAGUGUAUGUAGAGGACAACUUGGCCGUCAUGUCCAUUGGCUUCCUGCUCAGUAAUCCAGAUGAUGCGGUUAUAUGGAGAGGCCCAAAAAAGAAUGGUUUGUACAUCAUAUCAAGCCUGUAUUCUGUUGUACAUAUUAGAUAAAAGCAAGGAAUAAUAUAUUCAUGUUUUUUUAUUUAGUAGUUCAUUCAGAAAUGUUGAAGUAUCUCGCAUAUUCAUGCUAAAUUAUUUCUUGCAGUAAUCCUUCCUUAUAGUCACGCAGCUUUACUUAUUGAGUUAUGAGCUGUAUGGGAUACCAAACCCUCCAAAAUUGUUACAGAACUGCAUACCUGACUGACCCGUAUAUAGUGCUCAACCUACUUUUAUGCCGCAGACCAGUUUUUAUGCCGUAUCAUAGACAGAGUUUGCUAUAACUGAAAAUUCUCCAUCUUUUACUGAUUUUUAUUUAAAAUAUUGAAGGAUAAUUCCAAAUGAUGUACAUCAUUUUGACAGAUAAAAAAGAAACAAGAAAACCCUUUUAACGUAGUUCAUGAGUUUUGACUUCACUGCCUCAAUCACUCUCCCACUGUGUGUGUGUGUGUGUGCUCUGUU